CUUUGCUUGCAUCUAUCCUUCAAGAAUGGCAUUCUUUCAUGGUGUGAUCAUCCAACAUAUAUACUUGGCUUUGCUUUGCAGCUAUCCUUCAAGAAUGGCAUUCUUGCAUGGUGUGAGCAUCCAACAUAUAUACUUGGCUUUGCUUGCAUGUAUCCUUCAAGAAUGCAUUCUUGAAGGUAAUUUUCGAUCCCUCUGUUCAGCUGGCUUUGCUUGCAUCUAUCCAUCAGUCGCAUCUGACUUUCUGAUAAAUCUAGCUCUAGUAUCCAUUAAUAUAGCGUCAUUAGUGGAAAUAGCAUGCGGAUGGCCUGCCCUUCACUAGUACGAGUUCGACGCAGAUGAGAGCUACAUCAGGACUCAACAUCCAUUCAUCCAUCCAUACAUUCUUGAAGAUAUUCAAGCGGUUGUGCACUGUCCUUCUUAUUCAACGGUACGAGCUUUGAUCCAAAGGAGCUUGAGCAGGACCCAACCAUCCGUCAUUUAAGGAAAACAUAGCAAAAAUGGCGAUGGUCCUCGAUGCUUUUGCAUCCUAUGUGCAAAACAUGCUAACCGAGAUGGCAAACGAAGAGGUGCACAUGCUGCUCGGAGUUAGAGAGGAGAUCGAAAAGAUGGACAUCAAGCUUGGGGACCUCAAGAACUUCCUCGCCGAUGCUGAUAGGAGAAACAUCACUCAUAAGACCGUGCAAGCGUGGGUGGCAGAGCUCAAGCAUGCCAUGUAUGAAGCAGCUGACAUCCUCGACCUAUGCCAACUCAAAGCCAUGGAGCAAGGUCAAUCAACCAUAGAUGUGGGGUGCUUCAACCGCUUGCUCUUUUGCAUGCGGAAUCCAGCCCAUGCCCACAAAAUCGGCACCCGCAUCAAGGAGCUCAAUAAGAAGCUUGGCACCAUCAAAGAGCGAGGCGAUGCUUUCAACUUUAUCAAUCUUAGUUCGUAUGAGGAUCGUAAUAGCAGGGUGCAUGCCUCUCAUUCUGGUAUUCGCAGCAGCCGUGAGACGUCAGGGGAAUUUGAUCGGUCGGGUGUAGUCGGCGAGAAGAUCGAAGAAGACACACGAGCAAUCUUUGAUAUCAUGCUGACUGAAAAGGAGGGCAACGCCAACAUCAUGGUGGUAGCCAUUGUUGGGGUCGGCGGAAUUGGUAAAACCACUCUUGCACAGAAGGUAUUCAAAGAUGAAACCGUUAAUGCCGAGUUCGACAAGACAAUAUGGUUGAGCGUCAACCAGAACUUUGACAAGGUUGAGCUGAUCAAGACAGUCAUUACACUAGCCGGAGGAGAAUACGGUGGUGGAACGGCGUUGGCUGUGCUUCAGCCAAUCCUUACUGCCACCGUGAAAGGAAAGAAGCUAUUUAUAGUGAUGGAUGAUGUGUGGAUCCCCACAGCAUGCAGCGAUGUGUUUGGAAGUCACUUGGCUAAUGUCGUUGCUCAAGGUAGCCGAAUCCUCGUCACUACUAGAGAUGAAAGAGUUGCUCGAGGGAUGAAAGCUAUGCUUCCCUACCACCGCGUCGACAAGUUAGAGGAGGAUGAUGGCUGGUCCUUGCUAAAGAAUCAGAUAGUCUCUUGUGAAACAGAUGGACAUGAAAUUGAUACACUCAAAGAUAUUGGGAUACAAAUUGUGGCAAAAUGUGAUGGUUUACCUCUUGCUAUCAAAGUACUGGGAGGACUCUUGUGUCAGAAAGAAAAAAAACACCAUGAGUGGAAAAUGGUUCUGGAUGACUCUAUAUGGUCGGUCAAUGAAAUGCCUGAAGAGCUAAACCAUGCAGUAUAUUUAAGCUAUGAAGAUUUGCCUUCUUGCAUCAAACAAUGCCUACUAUACUACUCCCUUAUUCCUAAAACUGCAACGUUUUAUAUAGAUGACAUUGUUGGCAUGUGGAUUGGUGAAGGAUUUCUUCACGGAACCUCAGACAACUUGGAAGACGUAGGAACCAAGUACUAUAAAGAGCUUAUAGUGAGAAACCUUAUAGAGCCAAAUGCACGGUACUUGGAUCAAUCUGUUUGCACAAUGCAUGAUAUUGUUCGCUCAUUUGCUCAAUUUGUGUCUAGAGAUGAGGCGCUAGUGGCUCACAGUGGAGAAACUAAUAUUGGAAGUAAACUUAGUGCACACAAGUUUCUUCGGUUAUCCCUAGAGAGCAAAUCAUCAGAGUCAGAUGGGUUAGACUGGAGUUCUUUACAGACACAAACAAUAUUGAGAACACUAAUAUUAGUUGGCCAUAUAAAUAUGAAUUCUGCAGAUUUGUUGGCCAAUUUUCCAAGUUUAAGAACUCUAUAUGCAGCUUCAACUGGGGUUGGUGAAUUGGCUGAAUCUUUGCAUGAGUUCAAGCACUUGAGGUACUUGUCCUUGGAGUACUCUGAUAUAACUUCUCUACCGGAUAACCUUGGAAAGCUGAAAUUCUUGCAGUUCAUUAACCUUUAUAAAUGCGAGCAAUUUGUGGAACUUCCUCAUAGCAUUGUACAGUUAAGUCAGCUAAGGCAUCUUCGAAUGGGUGGUACAAGUAUAUCUGGCAUAUCUAGGGGGCUUUGUGUUCUAACAAAUUUGAGGAGCCUAAUUGGAUUUCCAGCAAUAGAGGAUGGUGAUUGGUGCAGUUUGGAAGAGUUGGGCCCUCUUUAUCAGCUCACUCAAAUUGGACUACUGGGAUUGGAGAAUGUAACUGCACCAUCAUCUGCAGCAAAGGCAAAGCUUGGCGAGAAGGUGCAUCUUACCACCAUAGAAUUAAGCUGGCACGUUAGACUGGGAGAUGAUGGGAAGAUUACAGAGGAAGAGAAAGAAAAUACCGAGAAGGUGAUUGAUGAGCUGUGUCCUCCGCCCAACAUAGAUUUUCUUUCCAUCGCAGGGUAUUUUGGCCGACGGCUCCCAACAUGGAUGAUGUCAUCAUCAGUUGUGUCGCUCAAGAUCUUGAGGAUUCUUAUGAUUGAAGAUCUGGUUUGUUGCACAGUACUUCCCAAUGGCCUGUGUCAACUCCCGUACUUGGAGUUCAUUCAGAUCGACCGCGCUCCAGCCAUUAAACGCGUUGGACUUGAAUUCAUGCGGUCCAACCAUCACCAAAGUCUGGGUCCUUCCCAUUUGACAGUUGCGUUUCCUAAAGUGCAUCAGAUGAAUUUAAUAGAGAUGGUGGAAUGGGAGGAGUGGGACUGGGUGGAGGCAGUGCAAGCUUUUCCUGUCUUGCGGGAACUUGUGAUACAGUCCUGCAAAGUGACUAGUCUUCCUCCUGGCCUAUCCUCCCAGGCAAGUUCUUUAAAUAAAUUAGAUAUAGGGUAUGUCAAGGCUCUCACAUAUGUAGAGAACUUUCCUACCCUGAUCAGGCUGGAGGUAGAUACACUUCCUGAUCUGAAGAUGAUCACUAAUCUUGGCGGAUUGAAAAUACUAAUCAUCAAAGACUGCCCAAAGCUAAAGGUGCUAGAGGGUGUUCCCGCACUCCAGACGCUCUUGCUCAACGAUGGAGACAUGGAGACACUCCCGGAAUAUAUGGGAUGUAUAAAUCCAGGGUGUUUGGAGCUACACUGCAGCCUAGCGUUGCUCUAUUCCAUAGCCGCGGGACCAUCUGGCCAUGAAUGGGACAAGUUCAGCCACAUUGAGCGUGUGAAGGCAUAUGCACGUGAAGGAAAUAUGGUAAAGAAAUGGUAUGUCUUGUACACAACCAACCCCUACAACUUGGAGACAAAUGUCAGCCGCUCUUUCAUGUCUACAGGAUCCUUGUCUUGUUUUGAGGACGAGCAAAGAUUUGAGUAUGUAUUCAAAAUGACAAGAAAAACCUUUAGCUACAUCUGCAGCUUGGUGUUUGGUCCGUCAAUGGAAGAUAUGAACAGCUACACAUUUAUUGACGCGAGGGUGUUGUGUUUAGAGGAUCGAGUGGCCAUUGCUCUGAGAAGGUUGUACUCUAGUGAGCCAUCAGAGACCUUGGGAUCCUCUGUUGGUGUGAGCAAGUCAACCGUCUUGUUGGUAGCUGAGAAGUUCGUUGAUGCUGUGCUGAAGCGAGCAGCGCACCACUUGAGUUGGCCAAACUCCAGCAAAAAAGAUGAGAUCAAAUCCACGUUUGGUAAGAUCCACAAUCUGCAUAACUGUUGCGGUGUUAUAUGUACAACUCAUAUCCCAUUUGGACAAAACUGCUACCAUGCUGGGGAGAAUGGCCGGAUUCUGAUGCAAGCUGUGAUUGAUCCAAAGAUGAGGAUCAUGGACCUUGGGUUGGGUUCGAUGGAUAGCAUUACCCAGUUAAGCAUUUUUCAUGACUCAACACUCUUCAAGGAGUGCGAGAAGGGUGGUUGGCUGAAUGGUAGCAAGCUAAAGGUAGCAUCAGAUGGAUCAGAGGUAGGGGAAUACUUAAUUGGCGAUGAAGGAUACCCUCUUCUCCCCUGGCUACUCACACCAUACCAGGAAGAAAACCUCUCAGACUCCAAGGCGGAGUUCAACAGAAGACACUCUGCAGCCACAACCUGGGCGCAGAAGGCGCUGUCGAUGCUCCAAGAAAAAUGGAAGUGCCUGCAGGAAGAUGUGUGGUGGCCGGAAAAUCUGCAAGCUAGAUUUAAGAUGAUCCAAGCGUGCUGCAGGUUGCAUAACAUAGUCAUAGAUAUGGAAGAUGAUGCAGAGAUGCCGAGCGCUAACGCUAAGCAUUGGAAUUACAAACGGAAAGUGCGCCUGGUAGCAAAUGAGGAUGCUGUUAGGGCGAGGGAUAUGUUGUCGCAGUACUUCUUGACCAGCAGGUCAUCUGAAGCAGGAAUCUGCCCAGCGGAUGCAGUAUUGGACCCUGAAGUAGCUGCAUCGGGCGCAGGGGAUGAAGACAAGGAACAAGAAGCACAAACAAGAACAGCAGACGAAGUAGACAAUGAUAUCCAGGAUAUCAUUGUCUAAAGACACUUUUUGCUGCCACAUCCCUCAGCUUCAUUCUAGGUGAAAGGGAAACCUACAUCCUACUAGUUGGAGCUUUUGAAUGCAUGAAUCCAGAGCAGCCCACCCAGCGGAGCCAAAGACUACUUUGAUGCUGCAAGUUCAAGUUCAAAUUUCAUUAAUUUUGGUCAUCUAUUUGGCGGAGACAAGUGCCAU